AGUGUAUGUGUGAAAGGAGAGCAAGAGCACAUCCCAUCGUGAGCAAUGGAACCAGAAAGGCUGAGCGAGGUCUAUAGAGAGUGUAUGAGGAACCAUGCCGCCCUGCUGGGGGCCUACGACUCCGACGGGUGCUGCGAGUACACCUCAGACGCUCUUCACCCCAACGUGAUGUUCUGCGCUGCAUGCGGCUGCCACCGGAACUUUCACCGGAAGGGCCCGAUGAACAACUCUGCCACCACCGGCGGCAUCAACAUCCGAGUGGGGACGGCCGGGGAGAUCCACCGGGCAAGGAGACGACGUCGGAGGACCAAAUUUACGGCGGAGCAGAAGGCUCGCAUGGCGGCCUUUGCUGCCCAGAUAGGCUGGAAAGUCCGGAAGCAAGAUCGGUGCGGCGGCCAAGAUGAGGUGUCGAGGUUCUGCGAGGACAUUGGGAUCACACGCCAGGUCUUCAAGAUCUGGAUCCACAAUCACAAGGGUGGUGCUGCUGCGGCGACGACGUCGGCUGGGAACACCAGUACUGCUGCAGGGGCCGAUUGGGGGAGAGAAGGAGAUGGAGGGAGCAAAGGGGGUGGUGGGGAAGUGGAGGAGGAGAUCGAGGGGAGUGCAUCCAUGGAGGAGGAAAAAUAGGGAGGGAGCGUCCUUGUUCUUUUAAGUUGUCUUUGCUGCAAGCAUCCGUGGUCUAUUCAUCCCUCUUGUCACCUUUUCUCUGUUCUGUUCUUUUCUACUCAUCGUAUUAUUGUAGUGUUCUUCUUCACCUUUCCCAGUUAGAAAGAGAGAGAGCGAGAGAGAGUUGUGCACCUGCAUGCAUUGCAUCUGGUCCAUGCAUCUUAUAAUAUAAAUAAUAUACGGAAGACUAGUUUUAUUUUUAAUGCCGUGGCUUGUGAACUGCUCUUGUUUCAAAGUCUCUUUGAUAACUUGAUGUUCCCUU